AUGGGCAAAUUCACAAAAGAUAAACGAGUAUAAAGAAAUUCAUCAUAUUCUAAAUAAGUAUUUUAUAAUAUACUUAUUAUCUAUAAACUUAUCACUAUACAAUCACUAUUCACUAUAUUUAGGAUAUUUAUUAUAGGAAAGCCAAAGAAGAUUAAUUUAGAGCUAGAUCAGCUUAUAAGCUAUUAUAAAUAGAUGAUUCUUUCUAAAUUUUUAGACAAGUUGAGAGAGCCAUAGAUUUAUGUGCAGCUCCUGGUAGUUGGUCAUAAGUUUUGGUUAAAAAGUUGAC